AUGAAGCUACUGGUCUCAUAUAUCCGAAGAGUUCGGUCCGUUGUGGCCCUGUGUGGGACGGUGUCUGUGCUGCUCUACUACACGUUUUUAAAUGAAGUCAACACCCUCAACUCUUAUGCUGAAACCGAGUCGCUGCCUCAAAUAGAUAAGCAUAUACCGCUAGUACCGAAUGGUGUAGCCGUCGCAGAAAUUGCGGGUUUAGAAGGUCUGCCGUCCGUAGCCCGGCCAGCGGCCAAUGACGCCGAGGAAGAACUACUAAACCUAGAAAUACUGGUGGAGAAAAACCGAUUUUUCCCACUUAUUCAUAGACAAGAAGAAGUACUCACAUUAUAUCCACAGCUGGAACUCGAGCUGGAAUCCGAGAAGAUAACAGAUAAACCUAGGUACCCGAUACGGUAUGCUUCCUCUAAAAAUUCAUUGACCCACAAUAAGCCAUCAGGAGCCUUAAGGCGGACUCAAGCAUUAAACUUUGGGCGCAAGGAUGCUGUGAAGGCGGCUCAAAUUUGCGAAAGGAUCGAACACCAAUUUAUGACGUCUUGGCGAGCUUACUCCCGUCUCGCUCUAGGAAGUGACGAACUGAAGCCGCUAUCAAAAAAUCCCACAUCCAAUGGUCUUUCAAGAGCUACCACUAUGCUGGAAUCAUUGGACAUGCUUUAUAUUUUGAACCAACCGGAUGAUAUUAGCAAAGUACUGACGUUCAUCUCAGAAAUGGAUUUCACUCGAUCUAAAGAGGCACUCAUUGAUGUUUCACAGAGUGCGCAGCGCUUGCUUGGUGCUUUGAUAUCUAGUUACGAGCUAUCGGGCCACCAAGAGACCAUACUCCUCACCAAAGCUAAGGAAUUAGCCGAUUUAUUGUUGAAAUCAUUUGACACCCCAAACCACGUUCCUCUUUUACAAUAUCCCUGGAAUUCAGUGUUGAACAAUAGAUUUCCCUUUCAGAAUUCGAACAUUGGUCAGUUGGGUGCUUUUUCGCUAGAAUUUUCAAGGCUUUCACAGCUAACUAAAGAUGACAAGUAUUUCGAGGCAAUUGAGCAUAUUUAUCAAACGGCUUUCGAGUCUUUAGGUAAUUUUGACAUCGAUUAUUUGCUUCCAAGUUUUGUGGAUGCUACGGGCUGUGAAAUGAUACCCCAGGAUAAACUUGUCACCGGCGAGCAUCCGAAUGGGAACGUCAUGAAAAGUAUCAUGCAGGGCGAAUAUGUACACUGUCUGCAAACUGACCGCUUUAAACCCGUUCCCGGUUCAGAGAAAACCAUCUUCUCCGCCGAUAGUGCAAGCUUGCCAUUCUACGACAACAUGGCAAAGUUUUAUCAAUUACUGAACGGCGUUGACACUACAAAGGACCUCAAGUUGUCUAGAUUUUUGGUGAACAGUUUUGAUAGAAUUCGGCAGCUUAUGGUCUUUACCCCAUUGCUACCUAACCCCGAAGGACUUAACCUAUCAUAUGUCAAUUCGGUUUCUACCGAAGUUUAUUACCGGGCUCUAAACGAUGAACGAAUUGUGGAGAUAUCUCCUGAUUACACAAUGCAUCACUCGAGCUGCGCCCUUGCUUCGAGUUUUACUUUGAUGGGAAAGCUUCUCGCCGAUGAUGAUUAUAUCGAGAAAGCUAAAUCCAUAACGAGAGGCUGUGUUCAAACGUACAAGUUACUGGGUGUGAUGCCUGACGCUGUACACGCUUUUAAGUGUGCAAAUUCACCUUGUGACUUCGAUUCUUCAAAACCACCGAAUCGGGAUCAGAAAGGGGCACGUAAAGGCAAAGGUAUUAAGGUAGGUGACGACAAUGAUGGCAAUGCUGUCUCGACCCUGUCCUCGAAGUACUACCACCUAGGAGAAGAAAUAGUAUCGGACCAGGCUCGUGAAUCAGAACAAUGGGUAACUGACACCCAAUUGCCAAAAUACUUUGAUGGCGCCAUUCCAAGCUACAAUUUAUCCUCUGACGUCAUUGAGUCCAUUUUCUAUUUAUACCGUACCACUGGUGAAGAAUCAUGGCGUGAUAUUGGACUUGAGCUGUUGGAAACAACUAUGAAAACGAUAGAGCGGCCUUCAGCUAAGGGUGUCGGGCAAAUCUCGUCUUUGAAAAACGUCUUUACUGGCGAGAGAUUCGAUGCACUACCCGCAGACUGGUUUUCAAAGCACUUAAAAUUCUAUUACCUUCUGUUUCAAGAUCCGGCGCUGUUUUCUCUCGAUGACUAUAUCUUUACCCAUGCUGGCCAUUUAUUAAUGAAGGAAAAGUCCCCUGUGCCAUCUGCAAAAGAAGCUAAGGAGACUUCAAUAUCUGCACUGGUCGAACCAUUCGAACUAAAGGAAGACAAUACUGCCCGGCGACAUAGCGCCGGUACUGACUAA